GUCCAAGAUGACACCCUCUCGUUGGAGGAUCUGUGGAUCAGUAUUUUUUGUCAUCUGGCUGAUCUCUGUUUGGAUCGACGACCGGCCAUCAGAAAAUCCGCGUGUCAAACUCUGUUCAACACGGUUGAAUGUCAUGGGUCACGAUUCGAUUCGACCACUUGGUCUGCCAUGUUUUGGAAGGUUCUGUUUCCUCUAUUGCGAAAUGUGCACGAAAUGUUUGCCAAUGCCCCGGUGGAACGUGAAGGUCGAUCGAAUAGCUUACUGGUUCAUCACAGUCGAGACACAGCUGCAAAACAGUGGGCUGAAACAGUGGUUCUCACCUUGUCCGGAGUGUCUCAUUUGGUCAUAUCCAAACAGGAUCAGUUACUUGCACUGGCCGAAUUCUCUAAGGUUUGGAAUACUCUACUAGAACAAGUCCAACAGCAUGCACUCACACCUAGCGCGGAAAUUUCCACGACAGCCCUUACCUCGUUGCAGACGCUGUUGGAACUCAAACCCACCGAUCUCCAGAUGAACCGAAUGCUCUGGUCUGCCGCAUGGAACACCUGGUUGCAAAUUGGGACCGGUGCAGUCCACUUCCAAUCUUUUUCUCAAUUAGAGUCAACUCCUGUCAAAUCGAAACUGUCUGCGUCUGAGACUGAGUCGAAAGCCCAAUCGAUGGAGCAAAAUGUCACGCAGACUUCAGAAUCAUCUCACCCCGCUGCACCAUUCCUACCCACCGCCCCAUUCAUGACCCUGAUGUUUGAUCUGUUCAUCCCGCUGUUCUCACGCUGUACUGAGGCUUCGACGACGACAACAACAACAACUCCGACCACGCCUACAAUUUCCAGUGUGGAGUGGACUCGUCUGACGGAGAUAUUCCGUCUGGGUUUGCUCGCGCCGAUCUAUGUGGCUUAUUUGUUUCCCCAAUCCAGUGUCACAUUACUCCCCGUGGUUGAUGACGGCACUUUGUCACCGCUGCAGGAGUCCGUGCUACGGGAUUUGAAUUUUCUCCUACAAGUAAGAAUAGCCACGGGACUGGAUGCCACCUAA